AUGUUUUUACAAAAUUUGAGAGGUAAUAAGUUGUCACUUGCCAUUGCUCUGGCUGGUGCAUCUGCUUGGAUUUUGCAGGGAUAUGACCAAGCCAUUAUGAAUGGUCUCUUGACAAUGGAGACUUUUGAGAAACAGUUCCCAACGUUGAACACCAGUAGGCCAGGAGUUAACAAAGAGCAUGCCACUGUAAUUGAAGGAACAGUCGUUGCUAUCUAUGAGCUAGGGUGUGUGCUCGGGUGUGUUGCCUCUUACUUUUUCGGUGACAAGCUCGGUCGUCGUCGGUUCAUAAUGACAGUUUGUACGGUCACCAUUAUUGGUGUGAUUAUCCAGGACACCUCUUUUCAUAUAGCCCAGCUUAUUAUUGCACGAGUGAUCACUGGAGUUGGCGUUGGAGGUAUCACAGCUACUGUGCCGACAUACGUCGCGGAGUGUGCUCCGGCACGUUUGAGAGGUAAGCUAGUGCUUCUCUGCGGGUCUCUAGCAAUUUUUGGAGUGGCACUAGCUACCUGGGUUGACUUCGGAUUUUAUUUUGUCAAACACAGCUCCGUCAAUUGGCGGUUUCCGAUUGCGCUACAGAUGCUCUUCCCGUUCAUAUGUAUUUCGCUGAUCCUUUUCCUUCCCGAGUCUCCUCGUUGGUUGGUGAAAGUUGGGCGUACAGGGGAAGCAGCAGAAGUGUUUGCUCUGCUGGAAGAUAAGCCUGUCGAGAGCGACCAAGUUCAAGGAGAGAUUUCGUUAAUUCAGCAGUCUCUUUUGGAGGAUCCCGCUGCUAUUAAGGCUUCUCCGUUUUCGAGAACCAAAAACAAGCAUUUGAGGCGUAGUCUUAUGGCUAUUGGUCUGAAUAUUGGAGCUCAGAUGACCGGAAUUAAUAUUAGCUCUGUUGAAGCUCGUAUUUUCUCGGGGAGUAUUCAGAUCUGGCAAGCAAUGUGUGCAUUCGCUGCAAUCUUCCUCAUUGAUAUAUUUGGCCGGCGGUAUGCAAUGAUUCACGCCGCAGCAAUUAUGGCAAUCUGUCAGUUUAUCCUUGGUGGGCUUGCAUCAGACCUUGAAAAUCCAGCUACGGCGAAGGCUAUGGUGGCGUUUUAUUUUGUCGCAAUGUAUGCUUUUCCUGUUGGUCUUCUUCUUGUGGUUUUCAUGUAUGCAGCUGAACUUGCACCCCUUGAGUCCCGUGCCCAGAUAACUGCUAUCAGCACUGCAUGCAACUGGCUAUUCAAUUUCUUAGUUGCAGAAGCUUCUCCAACGGCAUUCAACAAUAUUGGCUACAAGUAUUACUUUGUUUAUGGAUCAGCCGCUUUUGUAUUGCUGGCCUGCUUGAUUCUCUUUUUCCCGGAGACAAGAGACAGAAGCCUGGAGGAAAUUGAUGAUAUAUUUAUUCAGUCUCAAACCUUGUUCGACACUGUUCGGAUAGCCAAGACAAUGCCGGUUCAAGGUGAUGCUGACUACGACCCUGAAAGGAAGCUUUCUCUUGAAACUAAAGACGUUGUCGAGUAUGUGGAGUGAUUGAUGAUUUGUGAUGCUUGCACUGUUGAUAUUUAGGGUUUUAUGAAAGCAAGCUACAAUCCCAUCGCUAUUUAUUAAAUGC